CAUAGCUCUCUCACCACCCCAAUCAACCACCACCACCUUUUUAUCACCCUUACUUUUACUCAACCUUCGCAACGAAAACGCAAUGAUCUCCGACACCCAACUAAACUCCAUCGCAAUCUUCCUUGGCACGCUCAUGAUGGGCCUGAUAGUGCUGUACCACUUCCUAGCCGUGAACGCUAGCGACUCCACCGAGAAGGUCGGCAAGGGGGUCAAGAGUGUACAUGCUGGACAUGUUGGACGUGUAGGGAUGAAAUGGGAGAGGAGAGAGGAUUGGGGAGGGAAGUGAGGGUUUUUCUUUACUGUAAACUUGGGAUGGAAGGGGGAAGUGGACUUGCUGGACUAGACGCUUGUGUGUGUACUCUACGGGAUUGUGUGGAGGAGGAGGGGGGAUGUGCUGCUGAGGUUUCUAUCAAAUUUGUUGGGGUUUCUCUUCCUUUUCGUUACGGGUUUUGGACACCUUUGUCUUUCCGGGUAUGAUGGUGACACAAACACGAAUACUGUUCUCGCUUUCUCAGGUACAAGAAUACGGUAGAGUUUGAUACCAAAAAUUUUUUUCCUUA